UAUUAUAUUAUUUUAAUAAUCAAACCUUGAGCCGCCACGCCGGGAAGAAUCAGCGAAUCGACAAUAAUGUCAGAUUCAGUCGCGUCGUUGCCGUCUCCGAGAUCAGCCGCAGACGUAUUCUGGGAUGACUCUCGUCCUCCUCUAUGGUUCAACCCUUCCCCCUUCCUCUCCCCAGUCUUCGACUCCGAGUCCUUCAUCUCAGACCUCCUCCGUACGUUCGUCCCCUUCGACACUCUCCGAUCCGAGCUCCGAUCACACGUUACAUCUCUCAACAGCGAACUCCUUGACCGCAUCAAUCGAGACUACGCCGAUUUCGUGGAUUUGAGCACUAAGCUCGUCGAUAUCGACGCUACUGCAACCCGCAUGCGAGCUCCCCUCCUUGAGCUCCGUGAUGAGAUUAAUACGUUUCGUGGAUCUGUGGAGGCGGCACGUGUCGCACGUGCGAGUGGAUUAAACGAACGUUACGAUGCUGCUGUUGCAAGGGAGGUUUUGGAAUCGUCGCUCGAGGCCUUUCGUGUGGUGUCUAAGGUUGAAAAACUUAUACAAGAGCAGCAAGACGGCGCAUCCACGAGGGAAACACAGAGCAUGGUUUUAGAAAGAAUAGCUAGUGAAUUGAGUCGGAUCAAGUUUUAUAUGGAUCAUGCACAGAACUUGCCUUUCAUUGAGAACUUAGAGAAGAGGACUCAGAGCGCUAGUGUGUUAUUUGAUGCUAGCUUGCGUCAUUGCUUCGUUGUCGGGCUUAACAAGAGAGACUCCAUCGUCAUUUACAACUGUCUACGUGCAUAUGCUGCCUCUGAUAACAUUAAGAACGCAGAAGAAAUUUUUCGUGCAACCAUUGUGGCUCCAUUUAUGCGUAAAGUUAUUGCACAUGAAGCAUAUGAUGGAACAUCGGGAGAUGAACUUGAAAACGAUUACAGACAGAUCAAGCUUUUCAUUGCCAAGGACUGUGAAAUGCUGCUAGAGAUAUCUUCCAAUGACAAAUCGGGGUUGCAUGUCUUCAACUUCUUGGCAAACUCAAUCCUGAAAGAAGUUCUCUCGGCAAUCCAGAAAGUCAAACCAGGAGUGUUUUCUCCUGGAAGGCCUACCGAGUUCUUGAAGAAUUACAAGGCAAGCUUGGAUUUCCUGGCACACCUUGAAGGUUAUUAUCCGUCAAGGUCUGCUGUAACUAAGUUUCGAGCUGAAGCGAUAUGUAUCGAAUUCAUGAAGCAAUGGAAUGUGGGAGUGUACUUUUCACUGAGGUUUCAGGAGAUAGCUGGAGGCUUGGAUUCUUCUCUAGUUUUCAUUCAGGAUUCUGACUCAGAUAAACAGAGUUCACCCACCUUAAUGCUUAGACAGAGCGUUACUCUUUUGGAGAGCUUGCGAUCAUGCUGGAAAGAAGAUGUUCUCGUUUUCUCUGCUGCUGAUAAAUUUCUACGCUUGGCCUUGCAGCUUCUUUCGAGAUAUUGCAACUGGGUGUCUUCUGCGGUGAAUGCUAGAAAGAGUAAUGCCAGCCUGACUCCUGGAUGUGAAUGGGUAGUUUCAGCCACUGCAGAGGAUUUUGUAUAUGUUAUACAUGAUGUAAAUUGUAUAGUCUCAGAAGUUCGUGGCGAUUACCUUGGACAUAUAUCACACUAUUUAUCUUCAUGCCCCUCUGAAGUUCUGGAUGUGGUGAGGAAGAGCAUACUACAGGGUGUUGAAUCAUUACAGAACGUCCUACCUUUGGUUAAGAAGACCAUUAUUGAAGUCAUUGUUGAUAAAUCUGUUGAGGAACUAAGUCAGCUCAAGGGAAUAGCCGCAACAUGUAUGAUGUCUAAUAAACCACUGCCUAUUAGGCAUUCACCGUACGUGGUUGGACUAUUGCGCCCUCUAAAGGCCUUUUUGGAGGGAGACAAGGCUAGACAUUACUUGACCCACGAAACAAGGGAAGAGUUAUUGCUUGGUACUCUCACUGAAAUGACCAGGCGGUAUUAUGAACUAGCUGCUGGACGUCUAAGCGACGCGAGAAAAACAGAGACAUAUCUUCAGAAAACACGAAAAAAUGCACAGAAACGAGCAGGUGCAGCAGCAUCAGGUGUGGCUGACCACAAUGAAUCUGGAACAGAGAAGAUGUGUAUGCAGUUGUUCCUUGAUCUUCAGGAGUAUGGCCGAAACAUUUGUGCGUUGGGGUUGAAUCCGGCAGAUAUCGAGCCUUAUUGUUCCCUCUGGAAAUGCGUGGCACCUCCGGAUAGGCAAAACAAAAUUAGUGUUUGAGGACUGUCGCUGCUUUUUCAUACAAUAGUUUGAUAUAUCUUAUAAAAAGAGCUAUAGCUUCUUUUCUUCACUUGGGUUAGUACCGCGACUAGAAGAGAAAGAGAGUUUCGUCAAAGAGACGGGUGUUUUCCAAAGUUGCAUUAUGAUUGAUAGAUCUAUGAGUAGUUAAGUGCCUGCUUUGGCCAUUCAGUCUCUUGUAGGACUAUUCCGUCGUCGCCUCGUCGGUAUAUAUAUAUAACACCACACCAAAGAGAUUCGAGAAUUUUUUUUGUAUUUCUAGGGC